ACAGGGGAUCAGGGAAGAGACAGUAAGGUGGGAUUUUGUAAAAAUACGUAUUCCCAAGCCCUGGUUCUAACUUCCACAAAGCUUACCUUUGUUCUAACCUACAAAGAACCUAAGCAAGGUCUUCAUUAACAAUUCUAUGAGAACAUGGACAAAUAAAAAUAAUUUGAGAUUGUGAGCACAUUUCUUCUUUGAGUUUAAUUUUACAAUAAUGUCUUAUGUAAUUUUUAACCAAAAAUUACCUAUACAAUAACAGUAUUCAUUGAUAGGCCAAGCACCUGAAUUUACAAUGAAAACCUACCCUUGAAAAAAUCAUCACCCAGAUUUGCCCUCAACCCUUAACACUUUCGAAGACCAUGUGCGUUUACGUUGUAGCACUUAUUGUGGUUGUACUUUUAUACUUAAGUGUUUCUUUGAUUCAUAUGUGCCUCUUUCCCACUCCCUUCCCCCAACUAAAUUAUAAAUUCUUGAGAGCAGGAAGUCUGUCUUUGCUUACUGUUUUUUAUCAUUGUAUUCACAGUACACAGUUGCCUGGCACAUUUAAGAGUGCUUGAUAAAAAUUCAGUAGAAGAAUUAAUGUGGUAGUAGUAGCUAUUUUUUUUUAAUUAACUCUGAAUACUUAGCAAUUUAUAAGUGAGUAAAAGCUGUGUAUUGCUGAUUGUAUUUCCUGGGUGCUUAAUACUUCAGAAGCUGACUGUCCUCUUGCUUCUGUCCUGGAUCUUUAUCUAUAAGGCACUGUCUAUAGCAGUGAGUGAAUAUCAAGGCUUUCAUCAUUUCAACAGUAUUCCAGAAAAGUGGUUGGUGCCAGGCUAGGAGGGGGACACUGCCCCUAAAGCUCCUACAAGAAAAACAGGAUGGGAAGGGAACAGUGCAUUGACUUUAGAGUUAACAAUAAAAAACUUUAGGGACUCUGAUUUUCAGAUGGCUCCUUUUCUCCUUUCAGCCAGAUUUUAUAGGCAUUUUGAAGCAAAAUUAAGCCCCAAAUCCCUCUGAUUUAGCUGAAGGAAUAAUUCAGCCUUUCAUAGCCCAGCAUCCUGUUGUCACUUCAUCACAAUUCUAAAUAAAGUGGUCAAUUUUAUUUCUGGAAGGAGACAACCAAAAGAGUUGCCAUUGGAAAAGGAAGGAGUGGUGCUUUCACUUUUUAUUUUGUAUAUUUUUUGUUUGAACAUUCUGACCAUGAAAAUGCAUUUUAUAUAAAAUACAAAUAUUUUAUAUGCAUAUAAAAUAUGUACACAUACAGGGAAUUUUUAUGUCAGUGAGACUUCUCUGGUGCUGAGAAUUGUAGACCAGAUUUUUUUUCCCCUUCUGUAUACUGUUAUGUAUUAAAAAAAUUAAUUUUUAAGAAAAGUUAUCACUCAGGGCAUUCCUGUCUUCACGGUCAUCAGUUUUCUGUUAUUACAAAUAGGUCUUGCUGCUCUUCCCUCAAGACUUCCUAAAUUCCUCUAUUUCCAUCAAGGAGCAAUUGCAGAAGUCUAAAGAUUUCUAGAAGGAAGGACCACAGAAGACAUUUUUGUUCAAGGGAGGCAGGGACAGAAGCCAUAGGAACAAUGAGUGCCCCUGGGGCCAGUGGGCAGCAUCACCUCUAGGGUCUGACUUCCAGAAGGUGCAUAUGAUUGCUGGAGCAGGAAUGGCUUGUGGAGAAGGUCCUGUUUAUUUCACUGCCAGGAAAUGGUGAGUUGGCUCAGGAGAAGAGGAGAAAGAACCCAAUCAUUUAGGAGUUGGGAAGAGGAUAGAACUUGGCUCCUGAUUCUGUGAACUUGAACUUCAUAGAGGAACUGAAAGACUUCUCUAUAAAAAGCACAACGGAAGGCCAUAUUGCCACAAACCAUGCUAUGGGGCUCUCUUUGGACCCAGAGGGGUGAACAUUGGUGGUGUGGGCUCCUACCUCUACAAACCUCCCAUUCCCACACCUGCCAGCACCACUCACCUUAGCCCCAGCAGCUUCAGCCCCCCCAGGCCCAGGACUGGCCUCCCUCAGGGCAAGAAAACCCUAGCUGGGGGCCUCUUCCUCUUAAAGGCCCUCCCCACAUGAAGACAUUCACUGGGGAGACCUCAUUGUGCCCGGGCUGUGAGGAACCCGUCUAUUUUGCUGAGACGGUGAUGUCUUUGGGCAGAAAUUGGCACCGACCCUGCCUGAGGUGCCAGCGGUGCCGGAAGACCCUGACUGCUGGGAGUCACGCUGAGCAUGACGGCGCCCCCUACUGCCACAUUCCCUGCUAUGGCUACCUGUUUGGCCCCAAAGGUGUGAACAUUGGUGAUGUGGGCUGCUACAUCUAUGACCCCGUGGAGAUAAAAUCUAAAUGAAAUACUCACAGGAGAGGUCACACUAACCCGGGUCUUCCAUCAACCCCUCCAUGGUCCAGUGGAAGCUACAGAAUUUUCUAGUUCCAUGACAGUGGGAGAAGGUGGGAUUCUGGCGGCCUGGGCCUAGGCUCCAUGGUAGACCAGAGUCUACACUUUCUCUGCCAACUCCUCCCUCUCCCAUUCCUAUCUGGCCAGGGGACACAGGCCCACCUCAAUUGAAGGGUAGCCUCUUGGUCUUUCCAAUCCCUUGACCCAGAAAAUUCUGUAACUUCAAGGUACUCAUAAAACUUGUGUUUAUUUUUGCUUCUCCAAUAAAACGUUGGCUCCCA